UUUAUGUCACAUACCCGGACAGAGUGUGCUAUCGCUGCUGGUGUUGGGCAGUGACUAUAAUCUGAACAGCUGUGGGUGAGGUGUAUACGACUCGGUCGACCCCCAGCAAUAUCUGCACUCAUAUAUGUGAAACUCCUACAAAUUAUCAAGCAUGGAGUAGGACAUUGCCAGCAGAGCUCAGUCUACAAGUCAUCUGCUUUACUUUGUCCCUCACACAUUGUUUUUGACGUUCGGGCCACUUUCUCACGGCCCGAGUACCAACGCUAUACGCCCAAGAGGACAAUACAAAGUUAUACAUGAACAAAGUCCACCGCUAAAGAUCAAACUGACUGACCGACGACGAUGUAAGGCAAAACAGCUAUAUACCGGCGUAAUUAUGGAUUAUUCCAAGCUGUCCAAGCAGGACCUAAAGGUGAAGAAUGCUACUCUGUGUUACGAUGUCAAGCAGAAGCAAAUGUUCUAUGAUGAAGCCCGUGCUAUUGUGGAGAAGUUGGACAGAGAGUAUGACCAAGCUAAAGGCUCCUUCCCACUCCUCAGAUAUGGGAAGUUGAAACUAAUGAUUAAAGAAUCAACGACGGAGGAGAACUUGGAAAAAACGAAACCUAAACCAUCAGAAGAGAGUGAGAGACAGAAAUCUGACAAACACAGAUCUAACGGUUCUGGUGGAUUGCUUCAAAAAGUGAAGGAGUUUUCAGGAAAUAUUGAAAAGGUUGAUAUGCUGAAUAAUCCCAAAUAUGAAAGUAUGACAAAACAGGAGCUGGCCAGAGAGAACGAAGAGAAACAGAAGGAACUUGAGGUUCUGGACAGGAAGUCUCUGCGACUGUUCAACAGGCUAGACAAACUGAGUCGGGAUUACACGACGUCCAAGCAGCUCUGGCCAUUCCCACGUUAUCAGCAGAUGAAGGAAAUGAUUAAGGAGGUUACAUACGACACUUACAUUUAAAUACUUUUACAUACUUUUGUUUAUAUACCGUUUGUUUCAGUUUUAUUGUUUACAUACAAGUGUAUUUGUAUAUUUGUUUUAGGCUCUUAUUGCUUAAAGUUGACGUUUAACAGUGUCCAGUUCUGUUUGUAUUUUAGUAGAGCAGUGAAAACUUUUAAUGAAAUCAUUCACUGAAAAUCAUGUUCCUGGUCCCAGAGAUUCCUGUAUGGUGACCAAAGUUACUCUAGGGCUAAUGAGUUUCAUGUAUGGUCCUGGGGUUCUUAUAUGGUUCCUGGGGGUUCAUUGAAGGCCUUUAGGUUCAUGUGUGGCCCCUGGGUAUUUUUGUAUGUUCCAUGGGGUUCAUGUAUGGCUCAUGAGGGUCCUGCGUGGCCCCUGAGGCUCGUGUAUGGCCUCUCAGGUUCUUGCAUGGUCCCUGAGGCUCGUGUAUGGCCUCUGAGGUUCUUGCAUGGUCCCUGAGGUUCAUAUGUGGUUCUUGAGAUUCGUGUACGGUCCCUUAAGUUCAUGUAUGGCCUCUGUGGUUCUUGUAUGGUCCCUGAGGUUUAUGUAUGGUCCCAAUCUCCAUCUCAAAUCCUAGAGGUUCCUGUAAAGUCCCUGAAGUGUAUGCGUGAUCCCUGAGGUUGCUGUUCUCUGGGGGUACAUGUUCCUGAGGUCCAUUUCUGUAUGGUCCCUGAGGUUGCUGGUCUCUGAGGUUCUUGCUCCUGAGGUCCAUGCAUGGUCUCUGGGGAUGCUAUCCUCUGGGGUUACUUGUUCCUGAGGUCUAUUUCUGUAUGGUCCCUGAGGUUGCUGGUCUCUGAGGUUCUUGUUCCUGAGGUCCAUGCAUGGUCCCUGGGGUUGCUAUCCUCUGGGGUUACUUGUUCCUGAGGUCAGUUUAUGGUCCAUGAGGUUCCUGGUCUCUUGGAUAACUGGUUCCAAACCUUAAUACCGUCUAAUUAUUUCAUACAAUCCAAUGGAUAUAUAUGGGGAGUUAUAAUUAAUUGAUUUAUUAUAUUACUGCACCAAAACACAAGCCUGACUAGCAUUUUUAUUGUAAGACUGAUUGUAAGCUACACUGUAUAACUUAUUUUUUUUUAUUUUAUAGCUUUAAUGAUUUUUCAGAGGUGAUCAUUGUGUUGUAUUCACACACCUGAAUCUUAAUUUACUUUUAUAUUAUAACCCCAUUUUGGUUUUUUCCCUAUUCUUAUUAGGCUGCUUAGGGACAUGUUUUGCUUUUAUAAUAUAACCCACUCGUCCGUGUCAUUACAGUUAUUACUGUUCAUCCAAGUCCUUGGGAGGCUGAUAUAUCCAGUUCAAGUGGUUUGCACGAGGGCCAUUUAGCUCAAAACGUGUUGAAUGCAAUUAAGCUUGAAAACAUAUGAUGAUUGCAGGGAGUAAGUCAUAUGUCAGAAACAUCGGUAUGGCCGGCUACUGUUUAACUGUGCACCAUAAUGAAUUCUCCAUUAACAUGCCGCAGAAAUGGAUUUUCUAACCUUCAGUAAAAUGUGAUCUAUUAGUUUAAGGCUUGUGGUUAUUUUCUUGCGCAUAAAAUUUACAGUGUCACGUCAUAAUGUAGUUUUAAGGAAUAUUGGUUCAGGUACUUUCCUAAAAGUAGUCCUUAGUAAGUUAAGUGUAACUGAUAACCUAAAAUAAGUAGCUGGUAAGAAUAAAUCUUCAGAAAUUAUCUUCACUCUUACAAAAUUACAUUCUGUUUUCCACUCCAGUCACCAGCAACUUUGGGAUAUUUGUUAAGGCUUUGCUCAAUGUUGCUUUGUGGGUAGUCCCGUGGGACUGCAUGGGUCAUAAUUAUUAAAAGUUCAACUUGUAAUUAGGCAAGUCUUAAGUGGGACCAUAUCAUAACUAUUUUGAAAAUUUACUGCUUUUACGCCCAAGUUAUAAUUUUCAUAUCAUUCGCACGCAUGCAACUCAUAGAAGAACUUUUUCGGUUGUUGCAGGUUAAAUGUAAAAAUAUAUGCAUGUGAGUGAUUUAAUUUUUUACAUAAAAAGACAUAAAUUGCCGUAUAAUUCAAUUCUGUUUAAUUUGCUAGUCAUUUUAAAUAUAUAGUCAUGACAUGUAGUUAAUGUUUUUCAUGGUGGUUGACAGAGGCCAUCCAGACUUUUUCGAUUGUUUCAGGUUAAAUGUAAAAAUAUAUGCAUGUGAGUGAUUUAAUUUGGAUAAAAAGACAUAAAUUGCCGUAUAAUUCAAGUCUGUUUAAUUUGCUAGUCAUUUUAAAUAUACAGUCAUGACAUUUGGUUAAUGUUAUUCAUGGUGGUUGGUAGCGGCCAUCCAGACCGCGGCCAGACUCCCAGGAAGGUCCCAGUUAAAAUUGGUCGCCAUCAGCCACAAUACUUACUAUUCUUUUUGAGCUAAUGUACAGAACUAUUUGUAAACUAUCUAGGCUUUAUAUCCUUGCAAUAAAGGGCAAGUGAUGAAUUUUUCGCGUAAUGCAACAUGCUAAUGUAAGGUUAAGGUCUUGGUUAUAGUGGUUAAGUUUUUACUGUUUUAUUAUUUAUGCUACGUAUCCUUUAUUCGCCAAAUGCCAUUCACUCUUUACGCCGAUCAAAGUGAGCCACCAUGUUGUUUUUUCAUAUGGAAUGUCUUAAAUAAAUUUACACGCAAUGUUACAGUCAUUUUUUGAAAUAAUUUUUCUGUGUUUGCGCAAUUUUUAAUGUUAUGAUUAAUUUUCUUUUAUGAUUCGGUAUUGGGUAUGAUUUGUUUGUGAAUUAUUCGGUAAAGCCAGCAAAUAAUACCAAGGUUACACAAAAUUGUAGCGCGGUUGAAUCUUUCUUCCUGGUGUAGUGUACGCACCUAUACAUGCAAUUUGCGAAAGUCAUAUGAAAUAGUUCUUUCACUGAAGAAUUCAAAGAGAGUCUGCUUGAAAACACGGAACGUCACAAGGUAUACCCAACAAUCCUCCUGACAAAAUGCGGCCGCGACUCAGCCACCGGAUCCCUAAGCACGCGAUCCCAUAUGGGUUUAUGGUGUUCGCUAAGCAGUUCUUUAUAGAACAUUGAACCAUUGUCGACCGUGGAAGUUUAUUUUGGUGACAUGUAAGUGCAACUUUAUAGGGAGUAACAUUCA